CUAUUAUAUAACUACAGAGUCAGAGUCGAGUCGAGUCGAGUCAAGUCGAGUCAAAGUCAACAAUCAGUCCGUCCAAUUUCCUUCAAGUCCACUUCCCCGUUACAGAGCCCAAUGAUCACCAAUUCUCAAUAUCGUCGACACCUCGUCCUUAACGAAUUCUUUCUGUUCGUGUCAACACCUACAAUUCCUCGCGGGUUUCGCCGAGCGCUAUCGUUGCAACAUUAAUCCGAAACUCUACACACCUUGCUGCCACGUGGCAGCUCUAGCGGUCAGUCCUAAGAGUCUUAGACUUCAUAAACGACCGCAUUGAAACUCCGAGUGCAAAGUCAUGGGAAACGAUAACACCAUUCAUAUUGCUCUAUAUUCAGCGGUUCAGCUCUUUAUUAAUAUUCUUCGACCAAUUGCUACCGUUGUGCAGCAUGAGCCGAACUAGCUCAGGACUACCCCUACCGCUUGCGGAACUCCUCGGAGAAUCCUAGGGUGCACAAACCCACGUUAACUACAUGUUAACGAUGUUCUGCUCGAAAACGUUCCUCCUCGCUAUACUGGAUAGCCAAAACCUCUCCCCCUCGCUAAAACGCCUAUCGCAAUACACUAUACCGCAGUAAACGAUACGGUCUCACCCUACCCCUCUGGUCUCUCCGCUUAGGGUGACCCCUUGGUCCCUCUCGCCGGCCCCUCUUUUCCUCAGUCGCACCCGAUACUUCCCUAAGUCCACCCUGCGCCAUUAUGGCUGCACGUGCCGAAACUGCGCUCGCGUGUUCGGAUGCACUUGAGGCACGUUAUAUCUCGUACCGACGACGUGCUUCUCCACCACUCACAGCCCUCAGAUUGGCUCACUUCUCGCUAAAGUCUCUAGCGAGUCACUUACUGCACCCUGCGCCUGUCUACGUCAUCUUCUCCGCACCGCCCACAUACGUCAGCACAAAUGCCGCGGAUGACGAUAAGCGAUGAGCCCCGCCUCACUCUCUUCCCACCACGCGAACGUUAGUCGCUCAUAGGGUUCCGUUUCGACACCACCCCUGACUAUGCGC